CGGGCUGGACAGUGCCUCCUGCUUCCAGGUGGUGUCCCUGAUGCGCUCCCUGGCUCAGGGCGGGCGCACCAUCAUCUGCACCAUCCACCAGCCCAGCGCCAAGCUCUUCGAGAUGUUCGACAAGCUCUACAUCCUGAGCCAGGGCCAGUGCAUCUUCAAGGGUGUCGUGACCAACCUCAUCCCCUACCUGAAGGGCCUCGGCCUCCACUGCCCCACGUACCACAACCCCGCUGACUUCAUCAUCGAGGUGGCCUCAGGGGAGUACGGGGACCUCAACCCCGUCCUGUUCCGCGCUGUCCAGAACGGGAUGUGCACCAUGGCCGAGAAGAAGAGCAGCCCUGACAAGGCAGAUUCAUGCCCCACGUGUGGGACGGAUGUGGAUCACAUCGAGAGCCACACGUUCGCCACCAGCGCCACAACUCAGUUCUGCAUCCUCUUCAAGAGAACCUUCAUCUGCAUCCUGCGGGACACGGUGCUGACCCACCUGCGGUUCAUGUCCCACAUCUGCAUCGGGGUGCUCAUCGGGCUGCUCUACCUGCACAUCGGCAACGACGCGGGCAAGGUCUUCAACAACACCGGCUUCCUCUUCUUCUCCAUGCUCUUCCUCAUGUUCGCUGCCCUCAUGCCCACCAUCCUCACCUUCCCCCAGGAGAUGACCGUGUUCCUGAGGGAGCACCUCAACUACUGGUACAGCCUCAAAGCCUAUUACCUGGCAAAGACCAUGGCAGAUGUGCCCUUCCAGGUGAGCUGCUUCCACUUCCCUGCAGGUGGCCACCUUUGUGGGACCUGUCACUGCCAUCCCCGUGCUGCUCUUCUCGGGCUUCUUCGUCAGCUUCAAGACCAUCCCCACCUACCUGCAGUGGAGCUCCUACGUCUCCUACGUCAGGUAUGGCUUCGAGGGGGUCAUCCUCACUAUCUACGCCAUGGAGCGCGAGGACCUGGAGUGCCUCGAGGACUUCUGCCCUUUCCAAAAGCCCAUCAAGAUCCUGCAGGAGCUGGACGUGGAGGAGGCCAAGCUCUACCUGGACUUCCUCAUCCUGGGCAUCUUCUUCGUCAUCCUGCGGCUCCUGGCUUACCUGGUGCUCAGGUACAAGGUCAAAUCUGAGAGAUAAGGGGGCCGUGGGGCCCCGGUGCCGUUCCCGGGCCUGGCCUGCUGUGAGAGAUGUUCUGCAGAUGGACACGGUGCUCCUGCAGGUCCCAGACCGUGGUGGAGGCACUGGGAGGUGCCAGCCAGGCCUGGCUCAGUCGAGAAGGGUUUUGAGACAUCUCGGAACUGUUUUAACCUUUCCACACAUACACUCUUCAUUGCAAAACGUUUUGUACAGCCCUGGCAUGUGCCACUGUCCUCCCCCAGGACUGACAGAGCUUGGCUUCCCUCUUGGUGUCCCUGGGGACAGCAGGGACAGCCCAGCCCAGGUGUUUGUGCCCAGCAUGGCUGGGAGGAGCCUGGUCCAUGCAGGGGGAGCAGCGGCUGGGGCUGGGCUGGGCUGGGCUGGGCUGGGCUGGCAGGAGGGAGCUGCAGAGCUGGAGGUGCAGCUCAUGGUGCCGUUCCUCGUCCUGGCCAGCAGCGUGGGAGUCAGUGCUGAGAGGAGCCCAAAGAUGCCACGGUGGAGCUGCACAAGGCUUUAGAGUUUCCUGUUGCUGUAGCCACAGAGAUUGCUGCAUCCCCCUUUUAUUUCUGUGCAAAUCCUC